AUGAUUUCUGCGACUUUCGUUUCCUGUUACUUUCUAAUUGUAUUAGUUUACUUUACAUCAGGUUAGCAUCUUGUUCUCUGGUCGGCUAACUCAUGCCAUUUUCCUUUAGCACAAGCACCAACAUGUCCGAAUGGUCAACAACCAAAAUUGGACUCUUCUCUGAGACCCAUACAAUGUUUGCCAGGUAGAAUUGAGAGCUUUCAAAGCAUUUUUGGAAACGUCUGAACAACAGGAACAUCACAACAUCUUAUCUGUGGAGCUAACCACAAUUGUUUUUUCACUGGGCUCAACUACAUGUGCUGCCCAUCAAACGAACCUUCCAUCGACAACCAGCCAAGCUGUCCUUAUCCGAAGUUAACAGUUUUAGAUCCACAUGGACUUCCAAUGAAAUGUAGUCAAAUUGCGAGAAGCUGUCCAGGAGUAAUAAUUUAACACUUCAAACUUGAAACAUACUGAAAUUAUAGGAGAACAUGCAUUGUGCUGAUGUCGGGCUUGGUUAUAUUUGCUGCGAGGAUCCAUCUUUCCAAAGGAAACACAAAGAAACUCCAACAACAGCAGCGGCUCAUCCCAAAUAUCGUUUCAAGACGACAACACCGCCUCCAGAGGAAGAGCUGGAGUGUCCUGCGCAGUCGAUCGGAUUGCUCAAUCAUGACGGAACUAGAACUUUGUGUAACUCCAGAAUUCCUUGCCCAGGAGUAAGAGAUUAUUCCAAAACUUCACAUUGUACUUUUAAUAACUUUCCAACUUUAGGCUGACACAUUCUGUUUCGGAGAGUACAAACGAUCAAUCUGUUGUCAAAAGUACUUGUACGCUUCUGACAUUCUGGACGAUGCGACCACUCAAAAGCCAAAGGGAGCACUGAAAAGCAUCAACAUGUCGUUGAGAAAACCAUUGCCUGGAAAGCUUCAUGAGGGGCAGUAUUUGAAACCGACGACAACCACAACGACGACCACUAAGACUACGGAAGCGCCUCCAAUUGUCGACCAGGAGUUCCCAGAGAUCGCAAUCAACAGCGUCGGUGUGAGAAGGUCAGUUUUUAAUGUUUGCUAGGAUGAUUGCAUCGUUUGUUUAAAGAAAAGGACCGUCAUUUGCGCACCAUCAGAAGUCUUCCGAGGUCGGCGGAAGUGCUGCUGUGACCAGAACGUGGAUUCCGAAGUCUGCCUUCACUUUCCCAACUUCAGCAUCAACCACCGCAGCACCAACAACAACCACAACAAUGACAACAACCACAGUUAGACCAGUUCCAGCGGUUAGUAUAAUUGUUUUCUGUCAAUUAAAACUAAGAAUUUUAGGGUCUGGCUCGAAGAAGCCGAAUCAAUGGAGUUCCAAACUUCGCCGGCAGUACAGAGUUCAAACCAGCCAGCCUAGACCUGCAAAGAAAUCAUGAGAACAACCCGGUAACCGAGAACUUUUCCUGUUUUUUUUAUCCGAUCCUCACAGAAUCGUCAUGCGUUUGCCCAAAAACUGCUAUCUUAUCAAAUCAGAAACGGAUGGCCGUACGACGAGCGUUUCUACAGACCAGGUUCGGGUUGACAAAGGGCAAAUCCGCAUGGAAAUAUUGUUUUCUUUUGAUUUUCAGAUGUCGAAGUGUACACCGAAGAGCAGAAGUCUGAAAUUGCGCGAAUGCGAUUUUUACCUCCUCAAUGA